UCCAAUCAGAGCUGGUAACAUGGUGAUGAUCACCAAUAGAAAACAAUAUUUUAAAGUUUGUGUUUCCUCUUACGAAAAUGCAGAGUCAAUGUAGGCUCCUGGCUCUUUAUAAGAAGCUACAACUCUGCAAAUAAUUAAAGAGAAUAUAUUACUCUCUUUUUUUCUUGCAACCAAGAACAACCGAAAGAGCGGAUCCAACUGUUCUCAAGAUCUGAAUCAUAAUAUAUAGUAUGAUCAAAGAGAAGAUCAGUUCAUGUGUUCAUCCUUCCGAUGGUAUAGUAGAAUCUGAUAAGGAAGUGGAGCUUGACGCAACAAAAGCCAAGUUGGAGAAAGUUAGAGAAGAAAAUGAGAAGUUAAAGCUUUUACUCUCCACGGUUCUGACUGAUUAUAAAUCUCUUCAAAUGCAUGUCUCCAACGUUAUCCGACCACAACAUGAAGCUUCAAUGGAGCUAGACAUUAAUAGUCACGACGAUUUUUGUGUAGAUGUAUCUCUUAGGCUUGGAAGAUCAGACCUGAAUGUCUCCAAAAAUGUAGAUGAAAUAGAUAAGAUUAGUCUGGACAAGAUUUCUGAUGAGAUCAGUGAGGGGUCCGAUAAGAAAAGAUCUGCACUCGGUUUAGGAUUUCAGAUUCAAAGUUGUGAAGAUCCAGAUACUGAUCCAACCAUGAAGUUAGACUAUCUUUCCAAGGAUUUUAAAAAUACAAAAGCGGAUAAUAAAUGCAUAUCUUCGAGAAAAGAUAUCAAAACAGCUAGAAACGAAGAUCAUCAAGAGGCUUUGGAAGUACGUGAACAUCCGGGUUUAAAGAAAACAAGGGUUUGUGUGAAAGCUCCAUGUGAAGACCCAUCAAUAAACGAUGGUUGCCAAUGGAGGAAGUACGGACAAAAGACUGCAAAAGCGAAUCCUCUUCCACGAGCCUAUUAUCGCUGCUCCAUGUCCUCAAAUUGUCCCGUUAGAAAACAGGUGCAGAGAUGCGGAGAAGAUGAUACCUCCGCUUAUAUGACGACGUACGAAGGAACUCACGACCAUCCGCUUCCCAUGGAAGCAACCCACAUGGCUGCCGGAACUUCCGCUGCCGCCUCCUUAUUACAAUCUGGCUCCUCCUCCUCCGCAAGCCUAAGCUAUUAUUUCCCUUUUCACCACGUCUCUUUCUCCACCACUAACGCUCACCCCACGGUAACACUUGACCUCACACGACCAAACUAUGAUCCCAAUCAAUUACCAGCCCACUCUUCACUCAGCUUCUCCUCCUCCUCCUCUGAUCGUCCAUCCCCGUCAAACAGUCAUACCUUGAGCUUCAGUGGCUUGAGAUCACAAGCUCCAUUGACUAAAUAUUCACAAAUGGCCCCUUUAUCACAUCAAACCAAACUUUCUGGACAGCAAUAACUAUAUACAUUUUUUUUUGUCAUAUUCUUUUAGAAAUUAUGGACUUCCAACUCAGUAAAGUGAUAAACAUCAGCAACCCAUGUGUUAGAUAUUGUGACAGCUUCUUAUUUAGUGUCAAUAUGAAAUAUUCGUCAA